UUGUAGGAAGUAAAAGCUGUAAGUAAGUCGUAUCUAUUCCUGGAAUUUGUAUGAAGGUACUCCGUGUUAAAAUGUCUUUGGUUAUCGUAAAACUGCAACAGUUACAAAGACAAACCACGCCCCUUUCUAUUACUUCCGCAUUUGAAGCCAAUCAGCGUCUAUCUCAGUUCACUUGACCAGAUCAGCGCUGUGCCGAACGACAACACGGCGCUUUUUCUUUAACCACUAGAAUGUGGUGUUGAUGUGACGCAGCAACUAUCAGCUGGGUUUGUUUUGCUUCAUGUUGACCGUUUCUCUAUGCUCCGCUUGAAGUCGUACAUUUACAAAAACAUCGCGUUUUAAUUUAUUCAUGUGAGGCAGGAGGAUCGUUGAAGUGCCUGAGUACAGUCCCUCCACUUUGUUCGGACCAUACAGUUUUUCUAGGUAGGUCUUCGGUUUGUCACUAUUUGUCCAAAAGGUCCAACCGAUCCCAGGCCUCCGAUCCAGGGCGGAGGGAGGGAAGGAGGUCGUUGGGAAUCGGGAUGGAGACCAGAGAGGGAGCCGACGGUACUGGCGGCCCGCCGGGACUGUGCUGCGCCUCUUUCAACCAAGACUCCACGUCAUUGGCUGUGGGCACCAAAACUGGAUACAGACUUUUCUCUGUGACCUUGGUAGACAAACUGGACUGCAUUCAUGAGAGCACAGAAACUCAAGACGUGUAUAUCGUGGAAAGGCUUUUCUCCAGCAGCCUUGUGGUGGUGGUGAGUCAGUCAAUGCCACGUCGCAUGAAUGUCUACCACUUCAAAAAGGGCACUGAGAUUUGCAACUACAGCUACUCAAACAACAUUCUUGCAGUGCGCCUCAACAGACAGAGACUGGUUGUUUGCCUGGAAGAAUCCAUCUAUAUUCACAACAUAAAGGACAUGAAACUUCUGAAGACACUUCUCAACACACCAUCCAACCCAUCAGGUCUCUGUGCUCUCUCCAUCAACCAUUCCAACUCUUUCUUGGCAUACCCAGGAAGUGACACCAUCGGAGAAAUUAUUGUCUACGAUGCCAACAAUCUGAGCACUGUGACCAUGAUUCCAGCCCACGAUAGUCCACUGGCUGCCACCACCUUCAGUGCCUCUGGCACCAAACUGGCCAGUGCUUCUGAAAGAGGCACUGUGAUCCGAGUGUUCUCCAUUCCAGAGGGACUGCGCUUGUUCGAGUUUCGGCGGGGCAUGAAAAGGUAUGUCAACAUCAGCUCCCUUUCCUUCAGUCCGGAUGCCCAGUUCCUCUGUGCCUCAAGUAAUACAGAGACAGUGCACAUUUUCAAGCUGGAACAGCACAGUCCAAGUGGGGAGGAGGAAAAUCCCUCUUGGUCAACAUAUGUAGGUAAGAUGUUCACAGCAGCCAGCAGUUACCUCCCAGCACAGGUGUCAGGCAUGAUGAGUCAAGACCGAGCCUUUGCUACUGUCCGUCUCCAGAUGGGUGGUCAGAGGAAUGUCUGUGCCCUGGCAACAAUCCAGAGGCUUCCAUGUUUGCUUGUGGCCUCCUCUGAUGGGCAGCUAUUCAUCUAUAACAUUGAUCCUCAAGAUGGGGGUGAGUGCACUUUAGUGCAGAAGCACAGGUUGUUUGGAUCAGAUGAGGAACCGGAGGAGACAGAGAAGUCUGAACCUAAUGAGCCACCACAACCAUGCCAAUCUUACGCGGCCACUGUGGCCAUUCCCUCCUCUGGACCUGUUACAGCCACUCUCACAGGGUACUCCGAGGAUGGGGGAGCUAAGAAGGGUGAGGUGAUUCCUGAACACGAGUUUGCAGCAGGGCCUGUUUGCCUGGAUGACGAAACGGAAUUUCCUCCCGUGAGCAUUCGCUAACUCCCCACAUCUGAGCACCAGACUAAACAGUGUUACAUUCCAGUGUAUCAUGGUGUUAUCUUGUCUCUUUGUCCACAACCACAAAUGUAAUUUACUAUUUAUAACAAAACCAAGACCAGCCUGUUAGGUCUGAUGAUAGGGAGUUAAGUUAAUGAUAAUGCAUUUUCCAGGACCAACUCUUGCAGUUUAGUAUUAACCAGAAGAAAAUUUCACUCAAAACUCUUUUGAGAUAUGAAAUGGUUUUGUAUAGAUUUGAGUGGUAUGUAAUCUGCAUUUGGACUGUAAUAAUGCUUGACACAGAUGUUGAGUUUAGAGACAGAAAAAUACACAAUUUCCGACACUAAACCAGCAGCUGCUGUUUUAGUCUAAUGAUUUUUGUUUUAGAUCCUAUAUACAUGGACAUGACCAUGAGCACAAGUUGACUGAUUUGUUUGCUUGGGCAUAGAAUGCACUAAGAAUGCAUUGUAUCCAAGAUAUUUGUGUGUUUUACAGCUGUUUGUCUACCAUUUUGAUGCAGUAAAUGUUUUUAAUUAUUUUAUACACUUUCUAUUUCAAUCUAAAUGGCACAAUGUCGUAUACAAAUUUUUGUCUAUGCAUUCACACAAUGUAAAGGAGAAUUUCAGUUUAAAUACCUUUUUAUGUUCUGAACAAAGUCUCAAGGGAGUUUAACAAAGAAAAACAUUUUGUGAUGGAAAAGAUUGCAAAAUCAGGAGUAGGAACCAGAACCCAGUUGUAAGAAGCACCUUAAGUUAUGAAUACCCUUAAUCGUAAGUGUAUUGUCAUUAAGGGUUUUCUUAACUUUUUAUUAAGGAGUUUCUUGCUACUGACUUAAGGAUUAACUCUUUUUUUUUUUAGCGAGAUUCUUUGGUGCAGUGCUUUAUUACCUCCACUUGGUGGAGCACUGGAGUGCAUCAUUGUCCAACAGGCCUUGUUGUACUAACACUUCCUCACUUUUUUUGAGAGAGCAGUUAACAGUGAUUUAUUUGAGUUCAUUAUAGAAACAUAGCUUAAUAUCAGUUCCUUAAAUAAAGGAGCUCAGGACUGUGAUAACAGAGGUAUUUCAUCAUCUAUAACAUAUCAUUUUGGACUAACACCUAACUUAGUUGCCAUUGUAAUUCCUAAUAUGCCUUCUUAGUGUCGUUAUGUAAUGUUAGGUGAGACAUGUUCUCAGCAAGCUCCUGUUGGGAUCUGUAUCUUUCUAUAACACACCCAUGGCUGAGGGAACAAUAAAGCUCUGUUCUGGUUUUCGGUAGAUAAAUUGGUGCCUUGACGGAUCUGUGCGAGACAAAGGGAGAUGUCCGUGAGAGGGUAGAGAACAGGUCGAGGUCACAACUGUCACAGAAUGAUCCUCAGUGCAUGAGCAAGGACAAACAAACAAAUAAUAAUAAUAAAAAUAUCUUCAGGGUGCUAAAUUAUUAACGGAAUGGUUGAAAUGGUUUCUUAAUUUCAGUUGAUCAGGGAUUUGGGUCAUUGUCACUCAAUCCCCUGAAGGGUGUGUUAUAUAUGAGGUGCAUGACUGAAAUAUAACCACAUAUUGUUAUAGUUACAUAAGACAAAUUGUAUUAAUUUAGUCAUAAUACUGUAGCAGUUUAUUAUUUAUAACACAAUCAUUUUGAAUCAUAAGUGAAGAGGAAUUACUUUUUUUUCAUAUAUGUUUCUGCUGUAUUGAUACUUAAUAUGUUUACAUGUUACCAUCAUCCUGAAUACUAAUACAGUGGGAUGUUUUGUAUGUAUGUGCCUAUGAUAUUAUUACUUAUAAGAGUGCAAAUAUUUUGCUGGAUUGCUCAAGACCAAAAGAUUAUAAAAGGAAAAUAAUAUGUAGGAAAUAUAUUAGAAAUGAAAUUAUGCAAAGCA